AUGACUGCGGCGGAGGAUCCAAUUUUACUGAGAGGCGGGCUUCGAGAAUUUGUGAGAAAUGAGCCAAAUUGGGACGUCCGUUUGGGAGACAGAUGGGUAUACCAAGGACGAAUCCACAGCUCUGAUCGAGCAAUCGUUACACAUUUCAGAUACGAAGACAGGGAGUUUGAAGACAACGAUCCCCCUCACACCAAGGAUGUAGUUGCCAAGAUCCAAUUGCGACAGCCUGAUUCAGGAAGUCGACCCAAUGGCUACCCGGAAGGCUAUACAGGAUUCGCCCAUGAAGGGCAAUUUCUCCAAUUAAUCUCGGGAUAUUAUGGUUGGAAACCUUAUACUAAUCGCGACUGCAUACCCGACCGACCUCAUAAUAUUGUGAGGCAUUAUCGUGACCAAAUGGUGCCGCCGGCUGAUGACAACGUUCCAUUGGGCAAUCGGAAUGUGGUCUCAUUAUUGGAAUAUUGUCCUGGUAUUGUGAUCACUCAAUCGGCCGAACAGGAGACUCGGUUUUAUGACUUGAAAGUCUUCGAUUAUUUUAGUGAUGCACAUGUUCAAGAGAUCGAUAUAUGGCACAUUUUUAAGCAGUUUGCGAGGAUGAUUCUGAUGUUGGACUGUGGCAGUGAGAUUCCGAGAGAUGUUCGUCAGAGGCGGUCUUUUUGGGAAUCAGAGCGGAUGGAGAUGUGCCAUUACGAUAUCCACCCGGGCAAUAUCUUGAUUGGGUAUAAGAAUUAUGAGAAAGACCGUGUUCCGGUACUUAAACUGUGUGAUUUCGGGGACACAAUUCAAGUUCCUCAGUAUUAUGAGCAACAACGCGCCGGUAGGUAUAGUUUCCCAAAUCAAUUUAAUGGUCGACCGGGCUACCGGGCUCCCGAACAAGUCAUCGGCGAUACAGAGCAUGUACAUCCAUUCCACCAUGGCACAUGUAGCAACAUAUUCCAAUUUGCGAACAUUAUUCGCCUCCUAAUGCAUGGACAAGGCUGGGCUAGACGCGAGCUACAUCCCGAAGAUCCAGCUUGGUGCGACGAAUACUUCGGAGAGUAUUCCAACGCGGAGCCAAGGACGUAUGGAUAUUCACUCUCACAGGGCCCAGAAAGAGUAAACAGACCUGGAGCUACAGGAUACAGCGCGCGUUUAAUAAAACUCGUCGAGGGUUGCAUGAUGGAAAAGCCCAGCCUUCGACCGCGUCCCCUAAAUCUCUUUUACUACGUCCACGACUCCUUCCGCGAUUGCGACGAAUAUCACAACGAUCCCGACUUCCCCGGACCACAGGAAGGCGAGUUGCACAGCCAAAAGAAAGCUUUUAAGCCCGGGGCACCCAUAGUCAAAUACCCAUAUGUCCAUCCUCUCUUCGCCCUCGCAGAGUUAGCCCCUCCUCAUUUCCGCACCCCGCAACCCAACUGGGAGAGCGACCUUUGCGCAUACUACGGCAUCGACGAUUUCGCAUGGCCGCCCACACCCCGCUCCGUAACCCCAGAGUGGCCCGUAUCCUAUGAAUACACCGUGGAUCUGGUCUACGGCGGCGACGAUCUGCCCGAACACGAACACCACCAGUAUCCGCGCUCGCAGCCACAGGUUCCGGAAAGAUAUCUGCAUGGCCCACCCAAGAUCGAUCAGAGACCCAGCGUGAAUAUUCCGGAUCGUAGAAUAGAAGCCCCCGGUGGGAUUGCGAGGAAUUUGGGUCUCUUGAAGUAUUAUGAUCGCCUGGGUCAUAUGUGGAUGGGAGAGGAGAAUUAUUGGAAAAUGCUGGAGGCGGGCUUGGAUCCGGAGACGUAUAAUUGGGGGAUGAAGAUUCCGAAUCCCGAAAUGGAUGCGGAUGAGACGGCGAUGAGUGGGUCGGAGGUUUUGGGGAGUGAUGGGGAUGAGGGAUGAGGGUGAUGAAGCUUGUGUGUUUGGGGUUGGGUAUGAAAAGAAGGAGGAAGGGGAAAUUUGGCAUGUCCGUUUAAUAUGAUA